AGAGGAGAGAGAGAGAGAGAGAGAGGCGGAGGGCUGAAUUGAUUAUUCCAUUGUGUUGGAAGGCAGCCGCCAGGUCCGCGGAGCGAGGGAGGAACGAGGCAGGCUGGGAGGCGGACGAGUGUAAAUCAAUGGGAAGCCCCGGCGCGGCGAACCCCAUCGAUUUUUGCCUGCCUGAAGCCGAGGCGAGCCAAGGAAGCGGCGGCGGGGAGGAGGAGGAGGAAGGAAGGAAGGAAGGAAGGAAGGAGAGAAAGAAAGAAAGAAAAAAAAAGAAAGAAAGAGAAAGAGAGAAAGAAAAAAAAAGAAAAAAAAAAGACAGAAAGAGAAAGAAAGAAAAAAAAAAAAAAAAGAAGGGAGCCAAGCUUGCUCUGGCGCCCCCUCCUCCGCAAAGCCCCACCGCCCACCCCGGCGGCCAGGAACGUCAGCGGCGCCUGCUGGUCCCCGCUCUCUUCCCGCGGAGGUGGUCUCGGCUCCUGUGCUGAGAUGAUCCCUCCGUACUCCUCCCGCCUGCACCGCCAUGGAUGCUCCCUCUAACUCCUCCUCCUCCUCCUCUUCCUCCUCCUCCCACUCCUCCGCUGCUGUCCCCCCGGCAGACGGACAGGAUGACCGGGCCACGGUUUGGCCUGCUCAGGGCUCUCCUGCCUUGCCACCCACCAAAGAACCCCCGCUCUGGGACCCUUCCUCUUCCCCCUCGCCCCAUCCUGAUGACGUCAUGAGACCCUGCGCCAGCGCCCAAGCCGCCGCGCUCGGCUUGGCCAAGUUUCCCGCCGCCGUCUCCUCUAACCCACAGCUCCAAGCGGACCCCAGCCCAUCCUUGCCAAAUCCGCCCUCUUUCCCUCUAGGCCCGCCGCUGGUCGAAGAUGGGGUCCAGCUGGAAAAACAAAGAGACGAGGACGCUGGGCGCGAGGCCCAGCUCUUCUUUUCCGCCGACGGUUCGGCGUACCUCCUCGCUAGCGGCCACGUUCUCUUACCAAAGGGCUCCCCCAUCACCGCCACUCCUCAAGUGUCCAUUCUCCACAUCCAGGACAGUGGAGGUCCUAACCAAGGCUUUAUGUCUGUUGACCAAAUGUCCCAGAAUACCUCAGCGCCAGGCGAGGUGACCCCUCAAGGCGCCUUCUACAGUUACCGACUGGCCGGGGCCCCAGCUCAAAGUACGCCUGCCAAAAACGCUGCCGCCAAAUCCAAAGAUGCCCCCACCGCCCCCGUGGAGAAUGAGGAUGCCACCCGUGGCCGAGACAAGGUGAUGCCAGGGGGCCCCGUGUGGCUAUGCCUGACGUGCCGCCUCUUGUUCACCCAGGGCCGCACCUUGGCAUCUCAUGCCCGUACCGUGCACGGCGUCCAGCUCAGCAACGAGAAACGCCAGGCCUUGGAUGGAGGGGCUUCGGCUGUGUUCCAGGGCACCGACCUGGGCUUCCUAGAACCAAAUAACCCCACCACCGAGGCAGACCUCAAUGCCAGAAUGUGUAGCAGAUGGGUGAAUGUAAAAGAGGAGGAGGAGGAGGAGGAGGAGGAAGAGGAGGAGGAAAACGAGAACGAGAAGCGAAGCCCAGAAAGACGAUGCGAGCCAUCAGAUACCAAAGAUUCAAGGGUCGGCGGCACGCACUGGGCAAAUGGCUCCAUGGAGGAGAAACCAGAAGAGGAGAAGGAGGAGGAAGAGGAGGAGGAUGAGGAAGAGGUGGCACAAGUGGAUGAAAAGAAGAAAGAGAAGGAACUGCUUCCAGACCAAAGUUCACCAGAUACAUCAAGCACACCCUUGGCUGCUAACACCCCUCUCUCAGAGACACCACUGACCAAGGCCCCAAAUUCUGACCACGCAGGGCCACCUCAGGAGGACGUAAACACGGAGAGGACCACCAACAAGAUCCUGAAGGAAAGACUGAUGCACGAGGUCCCUUGUGUGGAAAUAGCAGCCGAAAUCAGCAGGCCCGAGUCCGUUCCCAAAGCCGACAGCGUUCCCAAUGAUACCAACCGGAUGGGUGUUGAGCCGGCGCAUGACAUCAGCGCCACUGACUUGGCAGACAGCCUGAGCAGUGUAGGGAUGGCCAACGAAGUGAUGACGGCCGGGUUCGAGGUCAACAACGGACUCGGGAGCAACGGCCACAACGGCGGAGGAGGACCCUCGCUUAGCUUCGGGGAAGAUUUUACGGCGAUGGCGUAUUCAGGAUUGACUUUGUCAGGCCACAUGUCGCUGUUGCACUCGCGCAACUCCUGCAAGACGCUCAAAUGUCCCAAAUGCAACUGGCAUUAUAAGUAUCAGCAAACCCUGGAUGUCCACAUGAAGGAGAAACAUCCGGAGAACAACAGCCACUGCGCCUACUGUAGCACCGGCGGCCCCCACCCGCGCCUGGCUCGCGGCGAGAGCUACAACUGCGGUUACAAACCCUAUCGCUGUGAGGCCUGCAAUUACUCCACCACUACUAAGGGCAACCUGAGCAUCCACAUGCAGUCCGAUAAACACCUGGCCAACCUCCAGGGCUACCAAGCCACAGGAGGCAGUGGGCCGCCGGUGGCUCCUCCAGUGGCGCCUUCCCCGUCCUCCCCCGAGGAAAAGGAGUCGAAGGGCAAGUCGUCCUGGCAAUGCAAGGUGUGCAGUUACGAGACCAACAUCUCCCGUAACUUACGGAUCCACAUGACGUCCGAGAAGCACAUGCAGAACAUGCUGUUGCUCCAUCAAGGGCUGCCGUUGACUUUGCCGGGACUUCUGGGACAACCUCAGACCCCUCCAGGAGGCAAGGCUCAGACCGAGCUCUUCCCGUUCUAUGGGGCACAGGCUCUAGGCCACGGCCAUCACUCGCAUUCCCACCAGGUCCACGCAGGGAGCAACCCACCUCUGCGGGCAGACAAGCCCAUGGAACAACCCCAACUCUUGCUCAACGGAGGCUUCCAACAUCUCAGUGCGGCGGGGCGGAAGAUGGCCACUUUGGGGGCAGCUCCCGCCUCUCUCUCUCCUGAACCACCUCCCCCUUCCUCGCCACCAGCCCCAUCUGGACCCGACCUGCUGACCCCCCAGAGAUUGUUCAGCUGUCUGGUGUGCCAAGUCUUCAGCACCGACAGUUUGGAUAGCCUCCUCCGGCACGCCUCCACCCCGCGCUCCCUACCGGAGAUGGAAUGGAAAGAAAUCUCCGGCGACCUGCACCGUUGUCGGCUCUGCGCUUACGGCACCCAGCUGAAAGCCAACUUCCAGCUUCACCUGAAGACCGACAAGCACGCCUUGAAGUACCAGCUGGCCGCUCACCUGCGGGAAGGGGGCAGCUUGGCUGCACACCUGGGGGUGGAGCUGCCCCUGGGACCGCCCCUACAUCUUCAUUGCAACCUGUGUGAAUACGAGACCAACAGCAAGGAAAAAAUCCAGCUUCACGUUGCCGGCACCGGCCACCAGGAAGCAUUGCAAGGUUAUAAGUUGCUUCUAGAAAUGGAGACCACCUCGGCACCCCCGCCCGUCUCCGAACCCGCGCAGUUCCGCUGCCUCCUGUGUCACGUCGAUUCGCCCAAUCGCCUGGCCAUGAUCCAGCACCUCCGCUCGCCCCACCACCGCGAGGCUCACGGCCAGUGGCGCCUCCAGCUACUCCAGAACGGCGAAGGCACGUUGGGCCUCGAAAGAUACGUCUGCUUUGUGCCCGCCAACGCCGCAGGGAAGGAACCUCUUCCGGAUACUUUAACACCUGAAAAAGAAAAGCAGAAUAAAACACGGAUCACUGCUUCCGAUGAGACCGAAACAGCGGCUUCUGGCAGCGCGGGGGACACGACGGUCUCCUGCUGUCCGUACUGCAAUUACGUCGAUCCGUCGUCCGAAGCCGUGCGGGCCCACACUAUCUCCCAGCAUGCCGUGCAGCCCAAGUUCCACUGCCCGCUGUGCCAGGAGCAGCUGGUCGGCCGGGCCAACCUCCACUUCCAUCUCAGCCACGUUCACAACGUGGUGCCCGAAUGCGUGGAAAAGCUGCUACUGGUGGCCACGCCGGUUGAAAUGACUUUCGCCACCAAGGUUGUUCCCGGAGUCCCUCUUCCUCCUGACCCACCCAAACCAGGGGGCACCCACGGCGUAGAGCAAGGGGCCAGACCGGACGCCCUGAGCCCCUUUAUUGCACCAGCCAUAGAGGAGAAAGCCUCCCCGCCACCGGUACUUUCCCCCGAAACGCCCCCACCUUCGGUCGCUGCCUCCCCACCUCCUAAGGAACAGCCGGAAAAGCUACUUCCUGCCUCUCCACUUCCUCCUCCUCCUCCUCCUCCCCUUCCCGCCGUCACUCCUCAAGAGCCGGAAGAGGAGGAGCCUUUGCAUCCAAACCUCAGCCCCGAAGAGCAGCCGCCACCAGCGCCUGUCCUCGCGGAACCCCCCGAGUCCUCUCCGCCCAUCUUGCUUAAUCCGGAUUCCCGGCACCCGCUGUCCUACCGCAAGGCCACCAAUUUCGCCUUGGACAAAUUCUUGGAUCCCGCCCGUCCCUACAAGUGCACCGUUUGCAAAGAGUCCUUUACGCAGAAGAACAUCCUGCUGGUGCAUUACAAUUCGGUGUCCCACCUCCACAAGAUGAAAAAGGCCUCGGCGGACCCGUCCGUGUCCUCUCGGGGGGAACCCGGCGCUCCCGGGGCUCUCCAGCCCUCUUCGGACAAACCUUACAAGUGUACCACCUGCCGAGUCUCUUACAACCAGAGCUCCACCUUGGAGAUCCACAUGCGCUCUGUGUUGCACCAGACUCGCUCCCGCGUGGCCAAGAUGGAAGCCGCCGGCAAGGCGGACGUGUCCCCCGCUGAACUGGAGCCCUCCAACGAGACCCCUCUGGAAACCGAAGCCCCUAGCUGCGUCCAGGUGUCCACCCUCCCAUUUCUCACUCCACCCGCGGCAGAACUGCCUCGUUUCCCUACGCCCCUUUUCACCCCACCGCUGCUGCCCCCCUUUCCUCUGGUGCCGGAAUCCCUUCUGAAACUACAGCAGCAACAACAGCAGCUGCUGCUCCCUUUUUACUUACAUGAUCUGAAGGUGGCCCCCAAGUUGGCUUUAGCCACGCCAACCCUGACCCUCCCCACCCCGUCACCUGUCCUGCUUCCACCCCUGCCCCCCAAAGAAGAACCGGCCCCCACGGCUGCCGUGAGUAGCUCCAAGGCAGAGGCAGCCGAAGAGGUUGAAGGGGAAGAAGGAGAUGGAAGCCAAGCAGGGAAUGAGGUUUCUCGCACAGCAGCCAAAGCCCUCCUGGAGAAUUUCGGCUUCGAGUUAGUGAUCCAGUACAACGAGGGCAAACAAGCUGCCACCAUGCCCCCUACCGUGCCCCUGCGUCCCCCUGUGGGCAAGCUGCAAUGCGGCACUUGUGGGAAACAGUUCUCUAACAUGCUCAUCCUGAAAACCCAUGAGGAGCACGUGCACCGGCGGUUCCUGCCUUUUGAGGCGCUCAAUCGCUACGCCGCGCAGUUCCGGAAAAGUUAUGACAGCAUGUAUCCUCCUCCUCCGCCUGUGCUCCCAAAUGAGACGACUGCAGUCACCACUACUCCGGCGGCAGCAGUUUCAACCGUCACCACUGCUGUCAUAGAGAAUACCACUGUCACAGUGACGCAAUCCCCCAUCCCGCUGGAGAUUCCCUCUCUCUGUCCUCCGUUUUUGAUGCAACCCUUGCCAGUGGUUGUGCCUCCACCAGAAAACGAGACUCCCUGUGUACCUCCUGAAUGCCUGAAAUCUCUCUGGUUUCGAGGGGAGGAAGAGGAAGGCAAGAGCGCAUCGUCGGGAGUCCUGGAUCUUGCCCGCGGGAGCUUCCCUUCAACCCGGCGUUUCUCUCGUACCAAAUUCACCGAGUUCCAGUCUCAGGCUCUGCAGUCCUUCUUUGAGUCGAGCGCUUAUCCCAAAGAUGGAGAGGUGGAGCGUCUGUCUGCCCUUUUGGGCUUGCCCAAUCGGGUCAUCGUGGUCUGGUUCCAAAACGCGCGCCAGAAAGCCCGAAAGAGUGGCGGGAAUGAAGCGAGCAUGGGCAACUGCGGAAAUGCCACCGCGCAGCCGUCUUGUAAAAAAUGUCGGACGGCUUUCCGCUGCAUCUUCGAGCUGGUGCGCCACCUGAAGAAGUGUUACAAUGACCAGCUGGACGAGGGGGAAGGAGACGAGGAAGAGAACGAAGGGCCUGAGGAGGAGGAGCAGGAGGAGGAAGAGGAAGGGGACGAGAAACGAGAAAUCUUGGGACCUGGUGGGGAUAUGAAGACAGACGGUUCUGGAGACAAACCCGUGGAAGAAGAGCAGCCCACCCCUUCUGUACCCCCAGACGUCUCCAAGAACCAUCCCUGUGAUCAGUGCACCGCUGUAUUCUCAAGCAGUGACCUCCUCAAUAUCCAUCGCAUUAGUCACCUGCCGGCAGCUGGGCCCCCCUUGGCUUCGAUGGGUCCUCAACCUCCCCUCGACAUGACUCCCUUAGCAUUUGGCGACCGCCUGGUCCAACCAGAUCCUUCCCGUGCACAGAAGCGAAAACACGAAGAUGGGACUUUGUCUCCCACCGGAAGUGAAACGGCCAGCGUUGUCGGGGGAGAUAACGAACCCCCCAGGGACAAGCGUCUACGUACCACCAUUUUGCCCGAGCAACUGGAGAUACUUUACCGCUGGUACAUGCAAGAUUCGAACCCCACCCGGAAAAUGCUCGACUGCAUCUCUGAAGAAGUUGGGCUGAAAAAGAGAGUCGUUCAGGUGUGGUUCCAGAACACAAGAGCCCGUGAGCGAAAGGGCCAGUUUCGGUGUAAUACCAGUGCCACCACCCCAACCAGCAAGCCCCCACCAGCACAACUUAACACUUUCCCAAAGUUCAACCCUCAACCACGGGAGACCCCUAUUCAUUAUGGGUCCUUCACACCCAACCUCUCUGUGAUUAACCUCCAGCCCCUUCUAACUAAGCCAGAUGUUGUCACGGAACCACAGAUCCAGGAAGAAAUGGCUGAAGAAGAAUUAUCCAAGGACCACGAAGACCGAAGCUUGUCUGGAGGGGAGCUGAGCGAUUCUUCCUCCUCUUCCUCUUCGGCUGACCUGGACUUCUCCGGCAGCCAGAGGAAUCGAAUGAUGGAUGGAGGUUCUGGAGAGUAUCAUGAUUCUCUGGGGCAGAGACGGUAUCGUACCCAGAUGUCCAGUGUCCAGCUGAAGAUCAUGAAGGCGUGUUAUGAGGUCUACCGUACUCCGACCAUGCAGGAGUGCGAGGUGCUGGGGGAGGAGAUAGGACUCCCCAAACGGGUGAUUCAGGUGUGGUUUCAGAAUGCGCGGGCGAAAGAGAAAAAGGCCAAGGCUGCUUCCGGCGGGACCAGUGGCGGCGAUGAGGCCCCCUCCGCUGCUCAGACUCAAUCUGAGUGUCGCUACUGUGAAGUCAAGUACGAUUUCUACGUCUCCUGUCGUGGGCACCUCUUUUCUCGCGGCCACCUAGCUCGGCUAAAGGAGGCCAUCAGAUCCCAGCUCAAGAGCGAGAGCAAGUGCUACGAGCUGGUGUCGGACAAAGGAGCACCCUCCCCAACCAGGCUGGGUGUGCCAGUGACUCCUACAACCAUGCCAUCUUCUCUUGGGACCAAGCCCCCUUUUGUGCCAGGCACGCCUGUUUCCUCGGCGGGAAUCCUGAGCUCCCCUUUGGCCACCUCCCAGCCAGGCCUCUCCUUACCUCAGCAUCUGCCAGCGGAAUCUGGCCAGGUCGGCCCCUUAACUGAGCCUGCUCCUGUUCCUGCUUCCGAGACCGCUCCCAGUGACAGUCAGGCCGAACCGACUUCAAAUCCAGCCCAGGAACCCUCCUUGUCCUCCACUGCCACGCUGAAGAACCUCAAGACGUUGAAGGCUGCAGUGCCGGCCCUGCUGGGAGGCCAGUUCCUGCCCUUCCCGUUGCCAGCAGCGGCUACUGCAGCCGCAGCCGCCCCCUCUCUUUUCGGAGCGCAACUGCCCGGGGCGUAUUUUCAGCAACUCUACGGCAUGAAGAAGGGGUUGUUCCCCAUGAACCCUGUCAUACCUCAGACACUUAUGGGGCUGCUGCCCAGCCCCUUGCUCCCGACACCCACACCUGAGCCCCCCGUCGAGGUGUCCGAGGCCCCCGGCAUCUCUACAGUCGACGUGACCCACCAGUACCUUUGUCGCCAGUGCAAGGCCGCCUUCGAGAGCGAGGGGGCGGCUGUCGCCCAUCAAGCCGCGCUCUGCUACUUUGGGCGCCAGGCGCCGGCAGCGCCGCCUCCACUGCGCGUGCCCGUGUGCACCUACCACUGCCUGGCCUGCGAGGUGCUCGUGAGCGGCCGGGAGGCUCUGGGAGCCCACCUGCGCUCCAGCGCUCACCGGCGCAAGGCCAGCUCCACCACAGCAACCGCAUCGGUGUUUGCCAAAGAGGAAUCCAAAUUACCUCACUCGGACUCCAAUCCAAAAAGUAACGCUACCUCUACGACACUACUAGCUUUAUAGAGAUGGAUGCUGUACUGCCAUCAAUGGAGACAGAUUGACUAGCGAAUGAACCUGUGGGUGGGUGGACGCCCCCGCGAGGACCACCCCUCUGCUUCCACCCAACAUCCUUCUUCAAGGUCCAUUUCAGAUCCAGGUUCCCCCAUUUCUCACUGCCAGCCAGGAAGCUUUCUCGAGAAGGGGUUCCCUCGUGUCACCUCCCCAGCUGACUUCAAAGGGCCCGAGUCCCCACCCCCAAUUUUUAUUCCAAAUGUCACUCUGCUUCCACAGGAUGACCAGAGGUUGAGCCAAAGGCAACCCAUCCAUUGGGGAAGCCUUGGUCCUUACUAAGCUUCAUCUUCUCUACCCAGCUCAACACUGGCUGUUGCAGAUGUUCUCCGACUAGCUUUUCUUCACACUGAACUGCUCUGUCCUUCAUCCCAUUCAGGCAUCUCCCUUAAGGACCCACUGAUGCUAAUUCCCUACCUUUCCCCCCCUCUCCCCGCCUCCCAGAUCAUGAGAUCCUGUGGCCAGAUCCAAUGAGAUCGGCAGCUCAGGACCUCCUCCAGAGUCCCUACCCACCUAUUUCUGUAUUCCUGAGUCUUCCACCUCCUGUGCUGACGACGGGUCCCUCUACGUACGUCUUCAACCACAUUCCCACCUGCCACAAACAUCUCAAGAAGAUGCCUCCUAAAUUUUAACAUUUUCUGAUGAUGCUCCCCACACUUUUUAUAAUAUCAAAACUAUGUCACCCCUCUUCACAUUGGUGUUCCAAAAUUCUUCACUCACGUGUCCCAUAACUCCUUGUUCCUCCUACCGCAGGUGGCCCCAAACCUUCCCUCAACCCACCUGCACUACUAAUUAUCUGAUCUCUUCCACCCGCCCCGUUGAAGACACUUGCUGGCCAAUCUUGACGUCCAUCCUACACUCAAAAGUCUCCUCUCUCACACUUACACACACACACUUACACACCUAUACAUCCUCCCGCCCCCUUCCCACAAAAGCUCCUUCUCUUCACACUUAACCUUCCACUCGUUUUACCGUGUUACCGACUGAAAAAAAAAAGAGGCCAAAAACGAAAGCAAAGAAAGAAUGGACAAGAAAAAUAAUAAUAAAAGAUAAACCGGAGGAGAUGAAAUUUAAGACGGGGGAAGGAUUAAAAGUGAGAAAUUCAGUCCCCCGACACCAACCAACGCCGACCCUCAAAAAAAAAAAAGCAAAAAAAAAAAAAAGCAUGUGCUGACCAUUUUUUGUAUAUUAAGAACUGUCAAGGACGGAUGGACAAAUUCCUGAACUGUUGAUGGAUUUGAUCACCAACCAAACAGGGCGAGAGUUUUCUCUUUCCCGUAAUUUUAUUUUAUUUUAUUUUAUUUCUCUCGUCUCUCUCCUCUUCCUUUUUUCCCACCCCCCAGCUGGGUCUUUUCCUGCCCUGGGGAACCAAAUAAAACCCAGCAACCUCAAACUGUCUUUUUCCUCCUGAGUUCUGUCUCGGCGCGGGGGAAAACGACACGAAACCUAACUCCGAUGGCUUUAAAAGAAAAUAAAAAUUAAAAAAAAACACAAAAAAAAAAUGAGAGAGAGAGAGAGAGAGAAAGAGAGAGAACUCACUGAACGACUGACUCUCGUCAAAACACGCCGACGCCGUGUGUGCUGACAAACCUUGCAAAAAAUGAAAAAAAAAUAUACAUAAAAAACCCUUUUUAGGAAUCCAAAGCUCUUAAAAAUAUAAAAAAAAACUUCUAUACAAUAACCAAAAAAAAAAAAAGAGAGAGAGAGAGAGAGAGAACACCCACCAACAAAAGAGUCAUAAAAAGCAAACUGGAAAUAAUUUUUUUUGUUUGUUUUUUUAAAAAAAGACAUAAGAUGAAGGAGUAAAAAGAAAAAAAAAUUAACCCCUC